ACAAGCGAGUCGAAAAGUACGGCUGUUUUGUUAAGCAUUUCCGUGGUGUGUUUGUGUCAGCCAACUAGCCAGCAGCAUUCGAGUUGAGUGCACUGCGGAAAAGAAGGAAAAACGGUUUCAUUCGUCGUUUCAUUUUCCUCCAUUGUUUCGCGUCUAGCAAAUAAGAGUUUACCUUUUCAUUACCCUAUGUGUUGCGAGGUGGAUGCAUUAGAAAUUGUCCAUUAAAUCGAUUGCAGAUUGUAGAACAGAUCGUGUUUGAAAAGUUAGAAUUAUUCCAUCCACGGUGUGUAAAAAGUGCUUGUUUUUUGUGCCACCCUACCAUACUGCGCGUCCUCUUUUGUGUUGUCCCCCACAAGGUUAGGCACGGCUAGAAAGAAACAUCAUCGCGAUAAAAUUGCAUCGACAUAAAAACGGAGCAUUUCUACUGCCGUGGUUUGUGUGCUGUGCGAGUGGUAGUGAAACGCAGGAAAAAACUGAAAUCGUGUGACGUCCACGACGGUGUAGAAAUCCGGCACCAUGGCUGAGGAAAAGGUCUUCCCAACGGAGGGUACCACGGAGGAACAGGUCACCGUUAGUUUCCUGACGAGCAUUGUGAACGACAUCGUCAACAGCCCGCUGAACCUGAUGCUGGUCGGAGUGAUCACCAUUCUGGUGUACAAAAUCUUCCGCAGCCGGCAGCAACCGGUCGCUCCGCCCCCCGAACCGGAACUGCCCCGGCUUCGGAAGGACUUUACGGUGACCGAACUGCGCCAGUUCGACGGUACUCAGCCGGACGGGCGGGUACUUGUUGCCGUCAACGGUAGCGUGUAUGAUGUAACCAAGGGAAAGCGCUUCUACGGUCCCGGUGGUCCAUAUGCAGCAUUCGGUGGCCGUGAUGCAUCCCGUGGCUUAGCUACUUUCAGCGUAACCAGCAACGAAAAGGAGGAAUACGAUGACCUGAGCGAUCUCAGCGCCAUGGAAAUGGAAUCGGUACGCGAGUGGGAAAUGCAGUUCAAAGAAAAAUACAUUCUCGUCGGUCGCCUGCUGAAACCAGGCGAACAGCCAACGAACUAUUCCGACGAGGAUGACGACACCCCGAACGAGGCAACACCAACAGCGGAACCGGCAGCAUCGGCAAAGGCAUCGGCCGGCGAAGAGAGCAAAACUUCGAAGCCUGCCGAGGUUCCUGCUGCAGCAGCUGCGCCGGCAUCGCCGAAACCGGACAGUAAAUCCGAUGCUACCAGCGCCGCCAACGACGACGGUGAUGCCGCCCCUUCGAAGGCGGAGGACGUUAAGUCCGGUGGCGAUGCCAAGGCGAAAGACGAGUGACGCCCCAAUAGCAGUAAUAAUAAGUGUAGUAAUAGCAUGAUGAUCAGCAACAGCAGCAGCAACAGCAACAGCAGUGCGUCCAACAACAACAAGGUGAAGGAUGUGCGAACUGGCGAUACUGGCGGCGGAAUAAGCAGUAGUAGUAGCAACAGCAACAGCAGUAGCUGUACUAGUGGACUUGGGAAGCAACAAAAUCCUACGGUGGCCUAUCCGGCGAACGGUAACAGCGAUGAUGACGAUGGCGAUGGCGAUGGUGGUGAGACAAGUGUCACAAGUAGGGUACUAUUUGAUCAGCACAGCAUUUGUGAUAUGUUUAGCUUUUAACGGCUACUGUUUCUUCUUGUGGGGAAGGGUAUAAUGUUUUUUUUUAUCCCAUUGAUUGGGCAGAAGCUACUAUUCAAACAAAACAACAGAAGGGUAAAUGUACGCGUGGAAUCCUUGCGCAAAAUGUCGUAAAACUAAUUGUAAACUACUGUGGGUUUCUGUUUUAACUUUGAUAUGCGUGUUGUACCAAAGAGAACGUGUAUAGUUUAAUAAUAUAUCAAAGAUAACUGCAUUACGAAAAUGGGCAAGCGUCAAGCUGUCCAAGAAUAUUAGCAAACAACAUAAUAUGGCUUGUUCUUUUUUUUUAUGGUGCAAUUUUGAAUAAUCAGUCAAGUAAAAAUUUAUCAAAUUGAUGGUAUGAUAAAGUUUGCUUACAACUGUCGAUAAAAUUGCAUAUGUAUUUCCAAAUUCAUGCGUUGGUAUGUCUCAUUAGAAUUCUUUUUUGCUAACCAUCGGUUUCCAAGUCCACAAAAGGUACGGUCAGUUAACUAUCCGUGCUUCCGAAGUUAAGAAUUUAUGUUCUUUCAUCACCACACCACAGCAGAAGCACUGUGAAUUGAUUCGCAUUUCAAAAUUCUUUUUUUUCUUUUCAAACCUAAAAUGCUGCUCCGCUCAACUGUGACUCACUUAUUUAAGUUGAAGUAGAUUUGAUUUUCCAGUCAUUUUUUUUUAAUAAUAUUUAUAUCCUGCUCAUAAGAGUACCCCGGACUUGUUUCGUUGGAAUCGAAUCAAAUUAAUGGGUCUAUCACACACAAUAAUGGUUUAAAGAUUUCUUUACCGAUCGUUCAUCUGUCUGAUUCCAGUUAACAACGAGUACUUACUUACUAUUUUGUCACUUGCCCUCACUAUUAACGACAUUACCAACAAGGAUGUCGAUAUCAACCAAUGUGUGUACGCAGCCGUAAAAUUAAUACAACUAAAAGGUGUCUUGAAACUAAUAAGAAACUAUCCAUUCUGUUAUAAAAAACGUAAGCUAAAUAAACUCUUAUGUGAGGGUUCGACAACCGAUAAUGAGUAACCCUAAUAAUCGGAUCAAAAAAAAAGGAUGUAAAACUCUGGCAAUGACUUUAUUAAUUAAAGAGAUGACUACUAUUUACAAGUACAAUUACGAAACUAUGCGUGAAUAUGAGGAUGGAGAUACAACUACACUACUAUUACUACCACUACUACAACUACUACUAUUACUGUACCAGCAAAAAAUCGUAGCAUCUAACCUUUCCGGAAGUGUAAAACAAACUACGCACGCACGUACACAGUUUCUGUGUUUGUUGUGACACAGCAGACAGAGCAGAAGUCGUGAGUUUUUAAAAGCUUUUAUAAAAAUUAGUUCCGACAUCCAACAAGUAAAUUUUAUAUAAUAGAAUAAUAACAUAUGAAUGGCGUUUCGCUGGGACAAAAAAAAAGUUCCAUUAAAAACCCUCAAUUCCUCAAUUCCAAAUUAUCAUCAAAAUCCGUUUAGAUUUAAAAACAACUAUUUUUUCGAUCAAGGGAAAACUAUUUUGUGGUUUAGAAUUAGUUCAAGUUUUUAGGCUGUAGUUUUCCCACGUUUCUUAAAUGGUUGUAGUGUAUGUAUAACAUUAGGCAGCGCUCGUUAAUAAUUCUUCUUUUUUUAUAUACAUAUAAUCAUAAGCGCAUAACAACAAACUGAACAAUUAUGCUACUCUUUACACAUACAUACAACACAACACACAACAUAAACACAAGAUUACAUUUUAAUGAUGGGUUCUGUGACUUUAUGACUGCAGUCACGGAACCCAAAAGGAGCGAGAGCGGAGAAGAUUCUUUCACGAAUAUAAAAACUGCAAUUGCAGUUAUUUUACAACAGGACAAGGGCAUUAAG